GGACUGUGGCGGCGCUGCGGCGUGGCGGACAGGCGGCGGCACAGCGACACGCGGCGGCAGCGGCACAGCAACACCCACGCCCUCACCCCAGCCCCGCCCACGCCCCCUGAGCCCCACCGCACACCCCGCCAGGCACAAGCAGGGUGACAUUACAGCUGGUGGCCCCGUCCUGAACAAGCGCCCAAGAUGGUAGUGCGGCAGUAUAACGAGGAGCUGAAGUUCCUGGAGCGUCUGUCUCCCAGUUGCUGGCGCAUCAAGAAGGGCUUCCAACCCAACAUGAACGUGGAAGGCAUAUUCUAUGUCAAUGACCACUUGGAGAAGCUGAUGUUUGAGGAGCUGAGGAACGCUUGCCGGCCUGGGUCAAUCGGGGGCUUCCUGCCAGGCAUGAAGCAGAUAGCCAAUGUUGCAGCACUUCCUGGCAUUGUGGGCAAAUCUGUUGGCCUGCCAGAUGUACACUCAGGCUAUGGGUUUGCUAUUGGUAACAUGGCAGCCUUUGAUAUGGACAACCCAAAAGCUGUCGUCUCUCCUGGUGGUGUUGGAUUUGAUAUUAACUGUGGAGUUCGUUUGCUGAGGACCAACCUCACAGAGGGCGAUGUCACUCCCAUCAAGGAGCGCUUGGCUCAGUCAAUGUUUGAUCACAUUCCUGUGGGAGUUGGCUCCAAGGGCAUCAUUCCCAUGACGGCACGAGACCUGGAGGAGGCACUGGAAAUGGGGAUGGACUGGUCCCUCAGGGAAGGAUACAUCUGGGCUGAAGACAAGGAGCACUGUGAAGAGUAUGGACGCAUGGCCCAGGCUGAUCCAGCCAAAGUUUCCAUGAGGGCCAAGAAGAGAGGUCUUCCCCAAUUGGGAACCCUGGGAGCUGGAAACCACUAUGCAGAGAUUCAAGUAGUGGAUGAAAUCUAUGAUAAAUGGGCAGCCAGUAAGAUGGGCAUUGAAGAGAAGGGACAAGUGUGUGUGAUGAUCCACUCUGGCUCUCGGGGCUUUGGUCACCAGGUGGCUACAGAUGCCCUUGUUGCUAUGGAGAAGGCCAUGAAGAGAGAUGAAAUUGAAACUAAUGAUCGGCAGCUUGCCUGUGCCAGGAUCAAAUCUGAAGAGGGCCAGAACUACCUGAAGUCCAUGGCUGCGGCAGCCAACUUUGCCUGGGUCAACCGCUCCUCCAUGACUUUCCUCAGUAGACAGGCAUUUGCAAAACAGUUCCAAAUGAGCCCAGAUGACUUGGACAUGCACGUGAUCUACGACGUCUCCCACAAUAUUGCCAAAAUCGAGCAGCACUGGAUUGAAGGAAAACUACGCACUCUUCUGGUCCAUAGGAAAGGUUCAACAAGAGCCUUCCCACCACACCACCCACUCAUACCUGUGGAUUAUCAACUGACUGGGCAGCCUGUUUUGAUCGGUGGCACGAUGGGCACCUGUUCCUAUGUGCUGACAGGAACUGAGCAAGGCAUGACGGAGACCUUCGGCUCCACUUGUCACGGAGCGGGCCGGGCACUGUCCCGAGCAAAGUCUCGGCGAAAUUUAGAUUACGGCGAUGUCUUGAUGAAACUGCAAGAACAAGGAAUCAGCAUCCGAGUGGCUUCCCCAAAGCUGGUGAUGGAAGAGGCUCCAGAGUCAUAUAAGAAUGUCACUGAUGUAGUAGACACUUGUCAUGCAGCUGGUAUUAGUAAGAAAUGUAUCAAAUUGAGACCAAUAGCUGUUAUCAAAGGAUAACUUUAUCUCAUAUUAGUCACUUUAAAAUAUGAACUCAUCAACUUUCCCAUCAUUAUUCCAGGAUAGCUUUUCUAUCACAGAAUAGCAUGUAAUAUGCAGCUUUAAUUUUUAAUGAUGGUUAAAUUGUAUGCCAAAUAUAUAGAAUAAUAUAUAUAAAAGGUAAAACUGUUUGCAAAGCAGUGUGCCGUUCAUAGCCUUAUGCCACAUCUGGCACAGAUCUGAUGAUGUGUCUUGGAGAACAAUUUAUACAAUUUUAUUUUCAGUGUUUUGUGAAAAGAAUUAAGUAAAAUAAUAUAUUUCCCUUAACUGUCAGCAACCUUGGGAUUCAUGGAAAUUAUAAGCUUAUGUUCAGCUUAGGAUAAGAAGUAUAUGAAAAGUCCUAGUAAAGUUGUGUAUUUACCAAACAUAAUAUUUCACCUCCAUAUUUGCAAUAAAAACAAUAAGUGGU